AUGGUUGGAGGGAGCACCGAGGAUGGAGGAGGAGGUGUUGAUGAUCAUGAACUAGAAACAUUUCAAAUGAUUGGAAAACAGAUUUUGAAAAAACUGAAGGGGUCACCAUUGGCAGCAAGAGUAGUUGGUGCACGACUACGCAAAAAUUUGAAAGCUACAUUUUGGAGAAGAGUUGGAGACCAGGAUAUGUUGCCUGAUACCAUGGGAGCUCUUUGGUGGAGCUACCAGCACCUUGAUGGGCAGGAUGAGUGGUUUACCAUGCACGAUUUGCUGCAUGAAUUGGUCGUGAUGGUUUCUGGAAAUGAUUGCUUUCGAAUUGAAGGUAGUGAGAUGAAAGAAUUCCCUCCCGACGUCCGCCAUCUGUAUGUCCGCUCAAAAGAUCAGGUCAAGUUUACAGAGCAGAUUUGCAAAUUGCAAAAACUGCGCAUACUGAUAUUCAUUACCAAUAUUGGUGGACAGGGGAUAUCAGUAGAAGAACUUGAGGGCAUUCUGGAGAAUUUAACGAAGUUGCGUGUGCUGCAGAUCCUAGAGCUCUGGGGUUCAGGUGUUCUUGAAUUCUCCAAUCUGAAAUCGCUUCGAGGACUGAGUGACUUCAAAGUGAGAAAGGAGAAAGGAUACGAACUGCAGCAGCUCAAGGGCAUGAAUCGCCUUAGUGGCAGCCUGAGAAUCAGUGGUCUUGACUGCGUAGAAAGCAAGGAGGUAGCCCUAGAAGCCAGGCUAUCUGACAAGACAGACCUCACAGCUUUGUCACUUGAGUGGUCAGGCUCUAGUGGUCCGGGGCAGCAUACUUUGUCUCCUGACCUGCAAGUGGAGAUUCUCGAGGGCCUCUGCCCACCGUCACAGCUCGCAGAGCUUCGUGUAUGGGGCUACGGUGGAUGGAAAUGCCCAAGUUGGCUGUCACAGAGUCAGAACAUCAGCCUGCAGUAUUUUGAAUUGUGCCGAUGUUACAACCUGAAAGCUCUUCCACAAAUAGGCGACCUUUUCAUUCACCUUGGCCACCUUAAACUCGUUAGCCUUCCAAAGCUAGAAAAGUUGCCAAGACUUCCGAACAGCCUCAAGACUUUGGACAUUGUGCGCUGUGAGGCCCUGGUUCUUACAUGUGGGGCAGAUGUGGACAUGAUAAGGUCACGGUUUAUCGAGCGAACAUCUCAGAUGGAGCCAUCCUUGAAUGUUAGAGCAACACAUGCUGAGGAGAUAGACAAGUUUGCUGAUGAGCAGCCUGUGAGACACUGUACUGCACACCUCCUUAAGAGCCUCUACAUCCCUAUUUAG